GCUCAAAUGCAAACACGAUAAACGCGUCAACCAUUUUUGUCGACCGUAACCACCUGCUUCUUCCCCAUUCUACUCCACAAAUUUCUCCUCACACUGUAAUCAAUGGAGCUCUGCGGAGCUUCUGCUUUGGCUUGUAGAACCUCAAUUAACAUUUUGCCUCAUCGACCUACUUCCGUGUGCCAGUUUAGAAGAUUUAGGGUUUGGUGUGUUAAAACCGACGUCAACGGCUCUUCUCAGGGGAACCAGAUGACUGUAUCUAUAACAGGAGCAACAGGUUUCAUUGGGAGUAAAUUGGUGCAAAGGCUCUAUGAAGAUAACCAUAGUAUCUGUGUCUUGACUCGAUCUAAAUCAAAAGCGGAAUCCGUAUUUCCUGCCAAAGAUUUUCCAGGUAUUGUAAUCGCAGAGGAACCCCAGUGGAAAGAUUUCAUUCAAGGGUCAAACGGUGUUGUAAACUUAGCUGGAUUACCUAUUAGUACAAGAUGGUCUCCUGAGAUCAAGAAAGAGAUCAAGCAAAGCAGGAUUAGAGUCACAUCAAAGGUUGUUGACUUGAUAAAUAACUCCCCAAGUGAUGCAAGACCAAAAGUUUUGGUUAGUGCAACAGCAGUGGGCUAUUAUGGUACUAGUGAAACUCAAGUUUUUGAUGAACAAAGCCCUUCUGGUAAAGAUUAUCUAUCGGAGGUUUGCAGAGAAUGGGAAGGAACAGCCCUUGGAGUUGAUAAGGAUGUUAGGCUUGCACUUAUUCGUAUUGGUGUGGUUCUCGGGAAAGACGGUGGUGCUUUAGCUAAAAUGAUUCCCAUUUUCAUGAUGUUUGCUGGAGGACCAUUGGGCUCUGGGAAACAAUGGUUUUCAUGGAUUCAUGUGGAUGACAUAGUGAAUCUGUUAUAUGAAGCCUUAUUGAAUCCAUCUUAUAAAGGAGUUAUAAAUGGAACUGCACCGAACCCUGUUCGGCUAGCGGAGAUGUGCGAGCACCUGGGCUCGGUAAUGGGCCGACCCUCAUGGCUACCCGUACCUGACUUAGCCCUGAAAGCAGUCCUUGGAGAAGGCGCUACUGUGGUUUUGGAAGGACAAAGGGUGGUUCCUGUUAGGGCCAAAGAGUUGGGGUUUUCAUACAAAUAUCCAUACAUUAAGGAGGCACUAAAAGCCAUCUUAGCCCAAAAGGUUGUAGCUUAACACGCGAUCAACGCUACAUUUUUUAUUAUUUUGGUGGCCCGUUUCUCAAGGCACGAAGUCAUAAGAAAACUUGAAAAGCCAAAAGAAGUUGCAACAGUUAACAAAAUAUAUUCUCUGCCUGUUAAAAGUAAAAGUUUACUAUUAUGUGUUUGUAUGAAUCAUGAUUCCUUACAAUUGAUUUAAAGGAAAAAUAUACUAGGCAUUUUAAUCCCAUGAUCUUGGAGAAAUUUCAUU